AUGUUUAUUUGCAGAUUAAAGUUCUUGCAAGACUGGAUAGAUGAAGGGCCACCUAUAGUAUUUUGGAUAUCAGGGUUCUACUUCACACAGUCAUUCCUGACUGGUGUCUUACAGAAUUAUUCUAGGCAUAAUCGUAUUCCUAUAGACCAGGUCCAUUUUGAAUUUACCAUCACCAGUAUGGAAGCAGAGUGUGAGCAAGAACCUAGUUUUGGAGUGUAUUGCAAGGGUCUAUUUCUAGAAGGAGCAAGAUGGAAUCGUGAGAUAAUGGAACUGGAUGAGUCCUAUCCUAAAAUCCUGUUUGAUACAAUCCCAAUUAUUUGGUUUAAACCAGCUCUUAUAGCAGAUUUUAAUCCUCCCCCUUCAUAUUUCUGUCCGAUCUAUAAGACCAGUGAGAGAAAGGGAGUUCUUGCUACAACUGGUCACUCAAGCAACUUUGUAAUGUACAUUACAUUGCGUUCUGAUGUACCACAGAAACAUUGGAUCAAUCGGGGAGUGGCAAGUUUGACCCAACUUGAUGAUUAG